AUGUCGGAUGUGGCUGACAUUAGAAAACUAUCAACGGUCACCUUAGCUGAGAGGACAGCCAACGCCUCUGAAACGCAAAAGGCCUAUUACUCUCCACCAUGGGCAGACAUGAGCACCAUUGGGAUCGCCGGGUCGAGUGGGUCUGGAAAGACCAGUUUAGCCAUUGAAAUCGUCCAAGCCCUGAAUUUGCCAUGGGUGAUCAUUUUAUCAAUCGAUUCAUUCUACAAGUCUUUGAGCGCGGAAGAAAACGCGUUAGCACACCAAAAUGAGUGGGACCUCGAUUCACCCAAAUCCAUAGAUUUCGACCUUCUAGUCGAGAAACUGAUUGAACUUAAACAAGGUAAACGGACCGACAUCCCCGUCUACUCCUUCCAGGAACAUCAACGACUUGACAAGACAUUGUCGAUCUAUUCACCACACGUUAUUAUCCUAGAGGGGAUAUUGGCUUUGAAUGACCCGAGAGUCCUUGAGUUGCUAGACAUGAAGAUCUUCGUCGAGGCCGAUCCUGAUGUAUGCCUAUCGAGGAGAAUUGUCCGCGACGUUCGGGAAAGGGGCAGAACCAUCGAAGGUACCAUCAAGCAAUGGUUUCGCUACGUCAAGCCUGUCUUCCAGCGCUAUGUGGAGCCACAGAGGGAAGUAGCCGACCUGAUUGUCCCUCGAGGAAUGCACAACAAAAUGGCAAUUCAGAUGAUUGUCAAUCAGAUCCGGCAGACGUUGAAGGAGAAAUCGGACAAACACAAUGAAGAGCUUGAGAGACUAGGGCAACAGAUCGAAGAAUUCUCUCUCUCAGAUAAUGUCAUUAUACUCGGCGACAAACCGCAAAUUGUGGGGGUUGCGACAAUAUUACGAAGCCCUGCAACGAGUCAAGUUGAUUUCGCCUUUUACUUUGAUAGAUUAACCGCUUUAUUGAUCGAAAAGGCGCUGGACUGCCACAACUACCGAUCAGCUCAGGUCGUCACACCUCAAGGCUAUAAAUACAACGGACUCCGAUCGGCGGGUAAAGUAUCUGCAGUUGUCAUUCUUCGAGGAGGAAGUUCCAUGGAGACAGGGUUGAAGCGAACAAUCCCAGAUUGUUUGACGGGCCGCCUGCUCAUCCAGUCCAACAUACGAACUGGAGAGCCUGAAUUGCAUUACCUGAAGCUAUUCCCAGAUCUCGCACUUCACGAAACGGUCAUGCUGCUAGACCCCCAAAUGUCAAGUGGUGGUGCGGCGUUGAUGGCAGUCAAGGUUUUGGUUGACCAUGGUGUGGCAGAGGCAAAGAUUGUCUUUGUCACAUUCCUAGCCGGUCGCCGUGGUCUGAAGAGGUUGAUGACCGUAUUCCCUAAAAUCAAAGUUGUCGCGGCAAAUGUGAUUGAGGAUCACGAGAAGCGGUGGGUCGAGGAGAGAUAUUUCGGCUGCUGA